GUUCUAAAUAGUCAAUAGGAGCACGAAUGCUACUAACAGGCGCUUUCUUACUGAAUGUAAAACAUUCAAGUUCGUAAGUCUUUUAAUUUAGCGUUUAUUUACAGUCAAGUUGAUACGGACAAUUUGGGCUGUUUUAUUUACACUACGUUAGACUAAUGUAGAUGAUUCAACAGUUUCAAUGCCAUUAAAAAACCACAUCAUGUUAUUAACAAACACUUUAGCUAGAGGUUCUGGUUUACAUUGCCUGGGUUUCCUCCAUUAUGAUCCACAGACAGGAAAGCAUUUCCUGUUUUAUUCCAAGGAAACACUUUACAGCUAUGCUAAAUUUAAAUAGUGGUCAAAUUAAGGAGGUCACCUAUGUCUUAGUUACCUGUGCCCUUUAAAACCUGUUUAGCCAAUUGUAAGGGGUGUAGUCACUAGGCGACUGAGGAGUCUUGAAUGACUACUGGAAUGUGAGAGAAACGCUGAAACUUUGUUAUGUUGGUCAUGUUCACAAAAGAAGCUACUAGACGACAAUAGAAAUUCCCAAAGGUAGAAAUGGAUAAUGAUGUGUUUGGAUACACGCAUCGCACAGGGAUGAAAUCCAAGCUCUUUACAGUCCAGGAGGAUUAGAUAAUAUAAAUGAAAACACCUGCCAGCUUUGUGUCAUAAUUUUCAGGUGUAGACUACAGCAUUGGACAUUCAGACUGGGAAGGAUGCAGCGUAGCAGCUUUUGAUCUGUCAGGACGGUUACUUGGGGUCCUGCUUAGCCGUGAACUUGAGAGACGGACCAAUGUUUUCAUCCAAGAAGGAGAACCUACCCUCUCCCAUCCUGGAGGAUUCUUUCUUCCCCUUCUCUUCGUCUCACUCCUCCUCCGGUCACCGGAUCAUGGCUCCUACAAUGGGAGCAGAUGAUCUCCUCGCCUCACCUCAGGAUGACAGCAGUCCUACGUUGCUGGAAAAGGACCUGAUCUUGGCUGCUGAGGUGGGCCAAGCUUUGCUGGAGAAAAACGAGGAGCUGGCUGCUCAGAUAGCUCAGAUGGACAGGGAGAUGGAGGCUAUGCAGCAGGAUAAACACAUGCUGCAGCGACGUCUGGAGGUGGGGGACCUCGAGGCGGGUCAGCGGGAAGCAGAACUUCAGGCUGACAUCACAGCAUUGCGUGCACAGUUGGAGCAAAAACACGUUCAGAGUCGCGACCGGCGUCGUGAGGAGAGCGAGCAACUGACUCAACUCUCCAACCACAACCAAAAACUUGUGGAGCAGCUGGCAGAGGCAGUGGCCUUAGAGCAUACUUUGCGUACUGAGCUUCGUUCUUUGAGAGAAGAAAUGGAGGAUACAAGUUUUAGCAAAUCCAUAAGCUCUGCUAGACUGGACAGUCUGCAAGCAGAGAACAGGGUUAUGAAAGAGCGCUGUACUCAUAUGGACGAAAGACUGAAGUCAACUCAAGAAGACAACCACCGGCUGAGAUCUGAGAGGGAUGGAUUGAGAGAGAGGGUGAUCGAGCUACAGACCAGUCUGAAAGAUAAAGAAACUGAGCUGGAACAGGAACACAGCACAGUGUUUCAGCUGCGCACGGUCAACCGAACCCUGCAGCAGAGGGUUCAAGCCCUGGGAGAAGAGGCCAGUCUGGGGGAGGCUACCUGCUUCCCCAUGUCUCUUCAGAGUGAGAUCCAGCAGUCCCAGGCCAAAGAAACCAUUUUGGCCCAUUCAGCCAUUCUGCAAGAAAAAGAAAAAGAAAUUCAGAGUUUACAGAAACAGCUACAGUCUAGAGAAACUGAAUUAAAAGUGCUGAGGGAGGAGGUGAAGCCAUUUCGUAACAGUCCUGGCAAACCUACAUACAGUGCCUUGGAAGAAGAGACCAUUUUGGCCCGACAAGAACGUGACGCGCUCAACCAGCAGCUCCUGAACACUAUCAGACACAAGGUGGCACUAUCUCAGGAAGUUGAGUCUUGGCAGGAGGACAUGCGUCUAGUGAUAUGUCAUCAGGUUCAACUUCAACAAAAAGAAAAGGAAAUGGACCAAGAACAGACGGGCCUUCAAAGAGGCACUCGCACCACCAAAUCACUUCGUGUACGUGGCGAAGAUGGAAGAAAAGGGUUUUUCUCUUCUCUUUUUGGCGGAGACUGACCGGAAGACAAAUAAGAAGGGACAAGAAGAAUAGAGAAUACAAAAAUGAGAGAUUUCUCACUUUUUCUACAAAUGUCAAGUAAUCAUUAAAAUCACCCAAAUGUGUAAAUAGAAAAAGAGUAGAAAGAAUGUACUCCAUAGUGGCACUACGCAUAUUUAUGUUUUUCAGUAUUUAUUUGCAACUUCAUCAGCAUAAAAAUAAAUGUAUAGCAUGUG